UGGUGCAGCGUUCUUUAUCAGGUGGAGGUUCUGCUGGGACUCGGCCACUGCAGCCUCGCUCAGCCUGGGAAACACUUUCUUCUGCUGGAGCUCGCCCACCAACCGGAGCCAAGAUGCCAAAAACGGUCAACGUGCGCGUCACCUCGAUGGACGCAGAGCUGGAGUUCUCCUUCCACCCCAACACCACAGGGAAGCAGCUCUUUGAUCAGGUUGCCAGGACCAUCGGACUGCGUGAGGUUUGGUACUUCGGGCUGCAGUUUGUCGACGCCAAGGGAUUCAUCACAUGGCUGAACUUUGAGAAGAAGGUGAUGGCCCAGGAUGUGAAGAAGGAGACUCCCCUGCAGUUCAAGCUGAGGGCCAAGUUUUACCCGGAGGACGUGGCCGAGGAGCUGAUCCAGGACGUCACCAGGAGGCUCUUCUUCCUGCAGGUGAAGGAGGACGUUCUGGGAGAGGAGAUCUACUGCCCUCCGGAGUCUGCUGUGCUGCUGGCCUCCUACGCCGUCCAGGCGAAGUAUGGAGAGUACAACAGGGUGGUGCACCCUCCGGGUUACCUGUACUCUGAGCGCCUGCUUCCCAAAAGAGUGCUGGAACAACACAAGCUGUCCAAGGAGCAGUGGGAAGAGAGAAUCCAGGUUUGGCACGAGGAGCACAGAUCGAUGCUGAAGGAAGAUGCCAUGAUUGAGUAUCUGAAGAUCGCACAGGACCUGGAGAUGUACGGUGUCAACUACUUUGAGAUCAAGAAUAAGAAAGGCACAGACCUGUGGUUGGGAGUCGACGCUCUGGGACUCAACAUCUACGAGAAGGAGGACAGGCUGACUCCAAAGAUUGGAUUCCCCUGGAGUGAAAUUAGAAACAUUUCUUUCAAUGAUAAGAAAUUCGUCAUCAAGCCCAUAGACAAGAAAUCCCCUGAUUUUAUAUUCUAUGCUCCCCGGCUACGAGUCAACAAGCGCAUACUUCAACUGUGCAUGGGCAACCAUGAGCUGUACAUGCGCCGCCGCAAGGCCGACAGCAUCGAGGUUCAGCAGAUGAAGGCUCAGGCCAAAGAGGAGCGGCUGCAGAAGAAGAUGGAGAGGGAUCAGCUGGAGAGUGAGAAGAAGAAGAGGGAGGCCAUUGAGAAAGAGAAGGAGCAGAUGGAGAGAGAAAAGCAGGACCUGAUGAUGAAGCUCUACCAGUUUGAAGAGACGACGAAGAGAGCAGAGAGAGAGCUUCAGGAGCAGCUGGACCGGGCCAUGAGGCUGGAGGAGGAGAGGAGGAGGGUGGAGCAGGAGGCAGCCCGGCUGGAGGCUGAGAGGAUGGAGGCCAUAAUAGCCAAGGAGGAGCUGGCCAGGCAAGCUGAGGACCAGAUAAAGAGCCAGGAGCAGCUGGCUGCAGACCUGGCUGAGUACAGCGCCAAGAUCACUCUGCUGGAGGAGGCCAAGAGAGUGAAGGAGGAAGAGGCUGAGUCAUGGCACAACAAGGCCAGAGAAGUGGAGGAGAAUCUGAUGAAGACCAAGGAGGAGCUGAACAGCGUGAUGACCUCCGCUAACUCGGCUCCCGCAGCUGCACCUCCUGCUUCCUCCUCCUCCUCCUCCUCCUCGGACAGCGAGAGCGACCACGAGCACAGCGAGGAGAACAGCACCUACAGCGCCGAGCUGCAGACGCAGGGCAUCAACGACCACCGCCAUGAGGAGGAGAGGCUCACCGAGGCAGAGAAGAACGAACGGCUGCAGAAACAACUCAUGGCCCUGAGCUCAGAGCUGGAACAGGCCCGUGAUGAGAACAGGAAGACCCAGAACGACCUGCUCCACGCUGAGAACGUCCGAGCAGGCCGUGACAAGUACAAGACCCUGCGUCAGAUCCGUCAGGGCAACACCAAGCAGAGGAUUGAUGAGUUCGAGGCCUUGUAGAAACCUCAGAGACCUGAAGCUCUGUCCCAAAUACCUCAUCUCUCCCUCCCAUUUCAGCAUCUUUUAAUUUAAAGUGUGAUGUGAUUGCAGCCACACCUGAUCUUAAAGGCCCAGAAAAAAACAUGGGGCUUUUUCUGGGAUUUAUCGCUUUAACUUUUACUUGUGUUUUUUUGUUUUGUUUUGUUUUGUUUUGUUUUUUCCUUUGUAGCCCUCAAACUUCUCCAAAGUGCUGUUUAGUCUAAUUAAAAGAUAAUGCUAGAUGACCAUGUGUAUAUCACUUUGAAAACCAUUGCUUAAAGCUAGUGUUUUCUGGAUAUACUGUAAGAACAAAGCUGGUAUGUGAGGUGCACUAUAGAAAUUAUAUGUUAUGAUAAAUGAUCAAAAAGGUUAUUGCAGUUUGGCUCUGCAGUGUUGUUAUUAUAUCAGCCUUAAGUGGUUAAAUUAAGUUUUGUGUGAUAAAUGCCCCACAUUGCAACCACUGCCUUACAGAGCAACUAAUCAUUAUAUUCAUUAUCUAUCAAUCUAUUGACUAUUUUUUUGAUCAACUGUUUUGUCUACAAAAUGUCAGAAAAGUGUUUAAAAAAAAUGCCCAGAAUAAGUUCCCAAAGCCUGAGCUCAUGUGUUGCCUGAAUCUAAACAGGAUGAAUUUUUAAUAAUAUAAAACAGGAACAAACAGCAGAUCCUCACAUUUGAAAGGCAGUAACCAGAGACAUUUUGGCAUUUUUGACUGAUAAAUGACUUAAAUCGACUGUUUUAAAUGAUUUAUCAAGUCAAAAAUGCUGAUGAUUAAUUUUCUGCCAAUAAAUUAACACAUUAGUUUUAGCUCUUCUUCCUAGUACACCUGUUUUGGUAUUUGUCCUAAUAACGAUGCAGUUUAUUUAACUAUUAUUAAUAUGCUUAUGAUCUCUGGAGUUUUGCUUUUGCAGGAACAUUGAAUAUGUUUUUGGACACUGGUAUUGUUCAUA